AUGGCCCUUGUUCUUCUCCUCCAUUCUCCUAAAAAACUCUCCAACAUCCCCUUCUUUCUUGCCACCUUCAUCUUCCUCCUCUUCCACCAUACUAGUGUCAAUGCUAGCAUCCUAAGCUUCUCUGAAAUCACAUUCCAUUGCAGUGGUGGCGACUACACAUACAACAGCAUCUUCUACACCAACCUCAUCUCCCUCUUAUCCACCCUCCAAGCCAAAUCCUCAUCCUCCAUCUCCGUAAACCAAACCUCUGGGGAUGCCGUGGACACCGUCUUUGGCCUUUACUUCUGCACUGGUGACCUUUCACAAGACAAUUGCCAAGCCUGCAUUCAAUCAGCCACCAAAGACAUCACUGCUAGAUGUCCAAGCUCCAAACAAGCUAUCAUAUGGUAUGACUCCUGUGAGAUGCGUUACUCUGAUACCAACUUCUUUGGAUUACCAGACGCCAAUGGCUUCUCCAUGGCCAACCUCUUUGAGAACACCAGCUCAUCAAGGCCAAUGGAGCUGAUGGCCCGGUUGGUGAAGGACGCUCCUACUCAACAUCCCUUGAUGUUCUACUUUAUAGCCCUCCCUGCAGCACGCUUGUAUGGUCUGGCACAGUGUUCACCAGACUUAAACAGAGAAGGAUGUAGUCGUUGCUUGACUACCAUCUUGGCAAAAAUCAAUGCUUGUUGCACAAGUGCUAAGGGAUGGAGGUAUUUAUCUCCGAGCUGUUGGAUAAGGUAUGAAGCCACACCUUUCCUUCAGAACCUUGAUAGAAAUAAUACAGAGAUGACUCAGAGUAAUUGCCCAAACAAAGAGACCCUUUCUAAUGGCCUGAAUCUUGACAAUAUUCUCUCUGAUUUGACGGCAAACACUCCAUUGAUGGGUGGGUUCUAUAACACCAGUCAAGGGGAGAAGGCGGAUAAGCUCCAUGGCUUAGCACUAUGCAGAGGCGAUCUAGCUCCACAAGGGGAUUCUUGCAAAAACUGUCUAAUAAAUGCAAGAAACAACAUUGAAGAAGAUCGCCAAAAUAAGACACACGCCAUUGAAUGGUAUGAGGGCUGUUUUAUUAAGUACUCCAACCAGAGUUUUUUUGGGGUGGUGGAUAUGGAUGGAAGGACACUGUGCGGCAUGAAACAGAGUAACCAUGUUGCUGUCAAUGCCUCGGUCGAUAUGGCACAGGGCCUCAUCCGUGAUGCAGUUAACAGUUCAAUGUUUGUUGGAGUUGGAAAGGUGGUGAUCAACAGUUCGUUGUCUAGCUUUGCCUUGGUGCAAUGCACCAGAGACCUCACUAGCGCUGGCUGCAGGGAUUGCCUACAGAGAGGAAUGAAUAUGGUUUUGAAUAACUGUGACACGACUAAAGUCUCCUUCUCAGUGAGCAAAAGAUCUCAGCUUGAUGAAUGCUUAUCUUUUACUAGCAAUGAAUUGGCAUUCAUGGACCUCGCAAUUAUACAAGUAGCUACUAGAGACUUUGCUGAAGAAAAUAAGCUCGGAGAAGGUGGAUUUGGCCCUGUUUACAAAGGUGUUCUUAGUAAUGGAAUGGAGAUUGCUGUUAAGAGGCUUUCAACCAAAUCCAAACAAGGUGCAACUGAAUUUGAAAAUGAGGUGAAGUUGAUUGCUAAACUCCAGCACAGAAAUCUUGUGAGAAUGCUUGGUUGGUGUACAGAGAGAGAAGAGAAGCUGCUCAUCUAUGAAUACCUGCCAAACAAGAGCCUUGACUCUUUGCUAUUUGAUUCAGAAAAGCGAGCACAACUUGAUUGGAAUAGACGGCUCCAAAUCAUCGGAGGAAUCGCUAGAGGCCUUCUCUAUCUCCAUGAAGACUCACUGCUUAAAGUCAUUCACAGGGACCUUAAAGCCAGUAAUGUUUUAUUAGACAAUAAAAUGACACCCAAGAUAUCAGACUUUGGCAUGGCCAAAAUAUUUGGAGGAGAUGAAAAUGAAGCCAAUACAAACAGAGUUGUCGGAACUUAUGGUUACAUGGCUCCAGAGUAUGCAAUGGCGGGGCUUUUUUCUGCAUAUUCUGAUGUUUAUAGCUUUGGAGUUCUCUUAUUAGAAGUACUAACUGGACAAAGAAAUGGAAAAACUCAUCUUGAAGAACAUGGCCUGACUCUUAUCAGAAAUAUGUGGUAUUUGUGGGUUGAAGGCAAGGCACUGGAGUUGACGGAUCCUUUGCUUGGAGGUUCAUAUACAAUGAAUGAAGCAUUGAAGAUGAUCAAAAUAGGGUUGUUGUGUGUCCAGGAAAAUGCAGAGGAGAGGCCAACAAUGUCUCAGGUUGUUCAUAUGUUGAGGAGUAGUGAUCACACGCUCUUUCCAGAACCCAACCAACCUCCUUCAUUCAUGAAACAAAGAAGAAACUUUCAAUUUGAUGUAUCUUCAAGUUCCAAUUCUCACUCAACUACUGUUCAUUCUGCCAAUGCUGUUACCAUUUCUGCUCUGGAGUCUAGAUAG